UGCGGAAGCGAGACUUUUCCUUGGAAACGGAAAGUAAUCAACUUUUAUCACCCUAAUUACCACAGACCUACUGGACGGAGAGAAGGGAACAUAAACAUGAUAACACGUGAGAUUUGCAAAGGUACAAAAGUUUAGUUCUUAAAAGAUGGAUGCUACUUCAGGCUUCCACUCACCUGUCAUCAUUGCGAUUCUAGAUGUGGAAACUACCGGACUGGAUGUAAACAAGGAUCGGAUAUUACAACUAGCUUGUCUCAAGUUAGAUGAUCGCGGAAAACUAAUUCAACUUUACGAAACGUACAUAAACCCUGGCAAAGACAUUGGGAAAUUUAUGAACUCUGAAGCAUAUAGAAUAAAUCAUAUUGGUGAAGAUCUUCUCUGCGAUGCACCAACGUUCGCAACAAAGGCCAACGAAAUUUUGGAUUUGUUGUCAGAUGUUGACAUUAUGAUAGGCCACAAUGUUCAGUACGAUUAUGAAAUGCUUAGAAACGAGUUUCAACGGCUGGACAGCGAUGUAAGAACAUUGGAGAGUGAAUCAGACGAAAGUUGGAAUGCUGGUUUGACAGUGAGGGGAUACAAACAGCAGUUCUUAGCGAAGUUUGAUGACCUUAGGUUCAGGCUUGUUGAUACAUAUAAGCUAGCUUUAGUAGCUUUUCCAAUGCAAGGUAGCUACAGUUUGUCAUCCUUGGCAAAUUCCCUUGGAGUUAUAGUGACAAAAAGCAUUGCUUCAAGGUACAAAUGGAAAUCUUCCACAAGUGAGAAAGAGAUUUUUGUAGUAUCAGAUCAACAAAGCAAAGAGAUGAAAUCGCAUAAUGCAAUUACUGAUAUAUUUGAGACAGAGAUUUUAGUAUCAAAAUGUCUUAGUAUUUUGAAGAUAAAUUACAGUGAUAUUAUACAGGGAAAGCACAAGGAAUAUGAAACAAGCAAAGAUCUGAUUGAUGCAACAAACAAAUUGAUGGAGAGGACACCAACAAAAGAAGAACUAACCUCCCUUGCAAGAUUAGUUCCAGAACAAAUGAACAUUAACUUUCCAGAAAGAACAAAAAAGCUUAAAGAUAUGUGUGCAUAUGAUAUAAAGAAAGUAAUACAGUUUCUUUCAAACAGAAGGUCUUUAAUGGAAAAAAGACAGAAAAUGGUAUGUGAAGGAUUUCUGCAUGUUGUGUCUGAUGCAAAACUAUUAGAGGAAUUAAAUCUGAAAAUCAUCAACGAUAAGCAAAAUUCUACAGAACCUAAGAAUGCUGCUCUUACUGGUCAGAUAGACAACAAUGUAGCCAAAACUAAUGCAAGUGUCAAAAUAAAAAAUAUUCUAAGUGAAUCUGGGAGUCAAGAAGAAAUAUCGCCUCCUUUGCAAGCUACGGAUAACGAAAAGGAAUCCAGUGGUAUGAAAAGAGAAUUCAAAAACACUGAAAUAUUGUCAGAUGAUGGCAAAUUAGAGGAAAAUACCGAUUUGCAUACAAAGAUUAAGAAGUUUUGUGAAAGUGCUAACAUGACACAAAAAAAUUCUGGAGAAACUGACCAGCAGUACCAAAGCAUUCCAAAAGAUAAAAAUGAAAGCAGUAAAUUAGCAUAUGAAACACCAGACGAUACUAAAACUGGAUCAAGCUCUAGAUGUGACAAGGAAGAAGACAAUCUUGAUAAAAGUUUUUCUGAGAGUGAAGAAUUUUCUUUUCCUGAAGUUCAAGCUAUAACUCCUGAAAAAGACAAAGAAAAGGAAGAAGCUCGCAAGAAAGAGUUGGUAUUUUCUCCAGAUUUUUAACAGCAAUCAACUGGAAACAAGGAGCUGACACAUGGAAACAAAUCACAUCAUCUGAAAGAGCUGGUAUAGCUUACAUUGUUCUUUAACAAGCAACUAUAUUUAACAUUUUAAAUAAGGAAACCUUUUUUUCUUUAUUUUCCUUUAUGAUAUUUAUUUUAUUUCUUUAGAUCUUUGUAAAAACAAGGUGUCUGAGAAUAAAUUAUGAUUUUGACUAGAUUUUUUAUUAGUUUAUAAAGAGCAUAGUAUUUUAUUAUGUCAUCGGUUUGCACCGUUAAGUUAUCAUUUGCUUUUAUUUAUUGAAUUUGUAUGCAUUGUGUAUCACAAUAGCUAAGUUUGUACAGACAAAAUUUGUAGCAAUAGCUGUUUCUGAUAGCAAUUGUGUUCUUUCUCUUAAAUUUCUUCUCAAAUGUGGGUUUUGCUUGAAGAUUGACCAUAAUUCUUUAAAAGUUGAUUGCUGAAUGCACAUAUGAUUUCCUGCCUUUUAAUUCAAAUGGACAUAGGCUUGUAUGCAAAUGGACACCAACUGGGUAUUUCAACUGUUUUGCAAUUUCUAUGACACUUUUAAGACAACAUUUCAGCAAUCAUGAAAAUAAUUUUUAAACUAUCUUUAAAACGGAGAAAUAUCUGCAGCCAGGGCUAGGCCUAGAGAAAGUUCACUAACCAAAAGAAACCAGUUUCCUGACAACAGGAAAUAUAAAACUGCUUUCCAUUGUUUUGAUGAUAAAUUGAUGAUAAAGGGUAUACAGUUUUUCUAUUGAAUUUGUUUCUUGAUAUAACUAGGCAAUAUGUUUCUAUAAUGCAUUUUAAUGCGGCUCACACUGUUCUUCACAAUUCUAAAAUCAUAACAUACGCUGAUGAUACAGUAAUAUUUGUGUCAGGCAGUUUCAUAGAUGAAAUUGAAGGCAAGCUAAAUAAUGACCUGGGACACCUAAAAGCCUGGUUCGAUGAAAAUGAACUACUGAUAAACUUGAAAAAGGGAAAAACAGAAUCAAUGAUCUUUGGCACAGCUAAACGACUAGGUAAAACAGAGAAAAAGGAGAUGAAAAUUGAAGUAAAUGGAACAUCGAUUGCAGGGACUUUAAGUUACAAAUAUCUUGGAGUACAUCUAGAUCAAUCAUUGAACUUUGCAACCCACUUUGACAAGGUUUUUAAAAAGGCUACAGGAAGAUUAAAUUUGCUUCGACGCAUUAGGAGCUCCAUUGACUCUGCGAGCGCUGAAAUGAUCUAUCGGACCAUGAUAAUGCCUGUUUUUGGGUAUUGUGGUUCGCUGUCCCUCGGAUGGUCUACAUCAUACAAGAAAAGAAUUGAAAGUCUUGAGAGUAGAAGCCUUGAUGUUAUUAGAUCGACCAAGGUUACGUCUGUCAGCUUGCGUGUGCCCAGUAUCAAUGCAGGAGUGAAAAAGAGGUCCUGUAAUUUGGUGUUUGAUACCUUACAAGGCAAUGUUUGUGAUGCAAUGACAGAUUACUUCGUUAUAAAUGCUCAUGGGAAAAAUACUAGAAACGACAAACAUCUAGUCAAGUUGCCUCAAGUGAAAACAGAAUUUGGACGCAAAGGUUUUUACUAUCAGGCAGGAAAGGAAUUUAAUGACCUGCCACUAAGUGCAAGAAAGAUUAAAUCUAGAACUAUUUUUAGACGAUUUUUAGAAACUCAUUUUAUUUGAUGUAAAAUUAUUUUAUCUUUAGAUUGGACUGUAUUGAACUUUUGUAAUCCGUUUUUAGAUCUUACCAUUAAUUUAUUAAGUAUCAGGACCCUAAUGAUAACAGUACAUAUUGUACUGAUAGGUUAUCCUGUUAAAAUAUUCGAUUUAUUAUAUUAUUAUUAUUAUUAUAAAAGUAAAUGGAAGCAUAUCCAGGUUUGCUGUUGAAAAUUACAUUCAAACAAAAUUUCCUGCAUGAAAUGUUACAAGAAGACAAAAAAUAAAAAGAUUAAAUGCUCAACAAACAAGGUUCUUCAGCUUUAAAUUACAAGUACAUACAAUAAAAUGCAACACAAUUUUACCAAUCACAACAAUUUCAAACAUUUAAUUUAUUCCUUAUUCCAAACAUAAAGCUGAACAUAUUUUUAAAAUAUGAAAAUGCAAGUUAUUUAAUUUAAUCAACAAAAAGAUUAUUACGAAUCAUGUUUUUUAAAAA